AUAUCACGCUGUGGCUCAAAGGCUGCUGGGUAAUUUUCUCUGAGGAAGCAUCAUGAGCUGCUAACAAGUUGACAUCCCACCGCAUUAGCAGGUUGGAAAACGUUUGGCGAAGCUUGAGCUCCACUGCAGACAGAUUCAGCCAUGCAGGAGGACAUCGGCACUGUGAUGUCCUGGUUUUCCAGCCCUGUGUACAGCCGCUACUGGCAGCACUACCAGCAGGCCAUGGCCUGGCACCAGAGACACAGGCGGGCCUACCGCAAGGCCUUGGAGGCGGCCUACGGCCACGCGUACAGCCAGGAGCGCCAUCCCGGCAGCCAGGAGCGCCAUCCCGGCAGCCAGGAGCGCCAUCCCGGCGGCCAUCGGCACCGCUACGCUGACUGGAACGCAGGAGAGGACGGAGACGGGGACGAGGAGAGCAGCUCGGACAGCGAGAUCGAGUGCGACGUGAGCAACAUGGAGAUCAGCGAGGAGCUGCGGCAGUACUUCGCCCAGACGGAGAAACACCGAGAGGAGCUGAAGAAGCAGCAGCAGUUGGAGGCCGAGCAGCACGAGAGCUACGUGGCGGACGACCAGGACCUGCGCGCCGCCUCCUGGAGAAACAACACGGCGCCGCCCUCGGAGCGACCCGGCGAGAGACGCGGCGCCGAGAUGAAGAAGCUCUACGGCGAGGACGCUGCAAAGAUCAUGGCCAUGGAGGCAGCGAUGCAGCUCAGUUUUGACAGGAACUGCGACAUGAAGCAGCCCAAGUACUGGCCCGUCAUCCCGCUGAAGCUGUGACGCCUGCAAAGUGUUUGAUUGUGGAGGAAAUCCCUCCUCUGAUCUCUCGCCGUGACAGCAGCUUUGUCAUGUAAUGGAUUGCGGCCUCGGACGCUGCUGAUGUAGAACUAAUGGUGCGGGUUAUCUGAGGGUCACAAGUUAUUUUAAGCACAAAAAAAGUUGCAUGAAUUAGCCGAGCUUCUGCUCCACCAGACGUGAAUGUCACUGACCUGUCAGCUGCUGCUCUGAAUGAAAACUUAUGAUUUUGAUGCGACACAUAUUUUUUAAUUUUGAGUCAGGAUCAGCAUCGUUUGUCCCAGAGACUGCGUUAUACUUCAGGACAAAGACUGAAAAGAAAAAGUGUCAGCUGAGGUUCAGUUACAGUAAAACCGCUCCUGUGUGUGAUGUAAAUAUAUUCAAACAUGUGCCUGCGUGUUUCCUCCUAAUCUCUUUCUGUUUACCCUUCUAGCUUGGUGAUGUUACAUGCUGCAGUAGCUCCUCUUAUGCCUGUCAACUUAGUUUAACCACAAAAAAACAUUUUCAGCCCCCUCCUCUCCUCUCUGCUCAAAUUUAGAAUCGCUCCCGCAUGGCUGCGUCUGAUAUUCCACUUUCCAACACACACGAAGAGUGAUUUGUUGUUGUUGCUUCUAAACUGUGUCUCUCUGAUUCUGACUUUUCAUCGGUUCAAAGCAGCUCGUGUGCUUCCUCAGGAGGGACGUCGACUAUUCUCUUUUAUCCUGUGCUCGCACCCUUUUUAUACACUGAAGAUGUGUUAUUUUAUAUAAAUUCUGUUUAUAAUAAAGUGUUUUCUGUCUGAGUAAAA